AUGCCAGUUCCGGAGCUCCAGAAACCUGCGCCUGCCUUCCAGGGAACCGCCGUCGUAAACGGACAGUUCAAAGAGAUCAGCCUAUCGGACUACAAGGGCAAAUAUGUGGUGCUGUUCUUCUAUCCGCUCGACUUUACGUUCGUCUGUCCGACCGAGAUCAUCGCGUUCUCGGAUCGCGUGGAAGAAUUCCGUGCGAAACAGUGUGAGGUGAUCGCCUGUUCGACCGACAGCCAUUUCGCGCAUCUGGCCUGGAUCAAUACGCCGCGCAAGCAGGGUGGAUUGGGCGAGCUGGGCAUUCCACUGCUGGCAGACAAAUCGAUGAAGAUCGCCCGUGAUUAUGGUGUGCUGCAGGAAGAGUCGGGUGUCCCAUUCCGAGGUCUGUUCAUCAUCGACGGUAAGGGCAAUUUGCGCCAGGUGACGGUAAAUGAUCUGCCGGUCGGACGUAGCGUUGACGAGACGCUGCGCUUGGUGGAAGCGUUCCAGUUCACCGACACCCACGGUGAGGUGUGCCCGGCCAACUGGAAACCCGGUAGCAAAACGAUGGUUGCCGAUCCGACCAAAUCGAAGGAAUACUUCAAUGCGGUUAACUAA